AUGAAUGAGCAAUAAAAUAACUUUGUAAAUACUUCUUGUAAUAUAAUACAAUAAAUUUUUGAUAUACAGUUAUAAAAAGCCAUUAAAUCCACCCAAAUAUCAGAAAUCAAUUUUGAAAAUGAAUCAAAAAGGUUUAAUUUAGGUCAUUUAGAGUUUAAUAUGGAUCCUUUUGAGUAAGAUGAUAAAAUUUAAGAAAUUGUAAUCAAUUGUAAAACAAACUAUAAUGAUGAGAAGUUAAGCCAUUUCUCUGCUAACUGGGGGAAUUUUACAUUUCCUCAAGUUGCCAAAAAUGUUAAUCAGAAUAAGGUUUUUAUUCAGUCACAUAUAAUGCAACAAAAUGUUCAAUUUUUGAUAUAAAUAAAUUUUAAGCAAUAUCAUCAAAUAACAUUUUACUAAAAAUAGGCUAUUGGAGACCACAUUACACUUCUGAUAAUGUAGAAUUAUGCCACAAAAACCCACAUCUUUGUUAAGGAGGUUGGGUUGUUAAUGAUAAACUAUGUUUUAAGGGACAUUUAGGAGGACUUUGUGAAGAAUGUGAUAGAUUUAAUAUAAGAGGGGAUGGAUAAUUCUUUAAAAAUUAGUAAUCAGUAAAAUGUGAACAAUGUUAAGGGACUACGGAACGGUUGUUAGCAUUUUUUGUUAUUUCAGUAUGGUAUUUCAAAUUUAAUUAAAUGA